CAACACACAUAAACGGGGUGAAAGUAAAAUUCCCAUGUCCCUGUUGUCGGUCGGUGGUAAACUCCUCCCAAUCUUUCCCCCCUUCACUCUCUCUACUCUUUUCUCUCUACUCAAAUACACUUACAUAAACAAACCAAAACCAAACAAAUUAUUUGUCCCCACUCUCCUCCUUUUCUUCCUCCCCUCUUCACUCCCCCAAUUUCCUUCCUUUCUGAUCUCCCGACGCCAUUAAAAUGCUUUCCCAUUCCUCCUCCGAUCUUCAAAUCUCUCAAAAACCCAAACCCUUCACCUUCUUCGCCCCCUUCCAAUCCCAAUUCUCCGCCCACCCCCGCUUCUGGCUCUUCACCGCCUUCGUCUUCGCCCAAAUCCUCAUCAUCUUCCUCACCCGGAAUUCCCCCCACUCUCACGUCCACCAUUUCCCCUCCGAGACGAUCUCGAUUCCGGCCACUUCCUGCGCCCCCGCCGCCGUCCCCGCCGCCGCCCCGCCGCCGGAAGGCGGAGGAUGCGAGUUCGGAAGGGUCUUCGUCUACGAUCUGCCGCCGGUGUUCAACCGGGACUUGAUUCCGAGGAACCUGACGGAUCUGGAUCCGUGGAAUUGGCAGAGCGGGCUUAACAUCAACGAUGGAUUGGGGAAGAGGACCCGGGCGCUCGCCGAGAUCUUGCCGAUGAAUAUCGCGACGGCGUGGUAUCAGACGAACCAGUUCUCGUCGGAGGUGAUCUACCACCGCCGGAUCCUGAACUACCGGUGCCGGACGACGGAGCCGGAAUCGGCUACGGCGUUCUACAUCCCGUUCUACGCUGGACUCGCGGUGGGGAAGUAUCUGUGGGUGGACGACAUCGAGAGGCGGGAUCGGCUCUGUAUGAUGAUGCUCCGGUGGGUCCAGAACCAGACCUACUGGAAGAAAUCCAACGGCUCAGAUCAUUUCCUCACCAUAGGGCGAAUCACAUGGGAUUUCCGCCGCCUAGCCGACGCCGGGAAGAAAUGGGGAUCGGCCCUCCUCAACCUCCCGGAGAUGGAGAAGGUCACGCGCUUCACCAUCGAGAGGGCGUCCUGGGACGACUACGACGUCGGCGUCCCCUACCCCACCGGAUUCCACCCCAGCACCGAGCUGCAGCUCCGGCAAUGGCAGCGCUUCGUCCUCUCCCACGAGCGCUCCCGCCUCUUCUCCUUCGUCGGCGCCUCACGCGCCGACCUCGACGGCGACUUCCGGACCCACCUCAUCCGAUACUGCCAGAACCAGUCCGAUUCCUGCCGGGUCGUUGACUGCUCCGUGACCCAAUGCGCCACGCGCCCCUCCCUCGUCCAGCGCGCCUUCCUCAGCUCCGACUUCUGCUUGCAGCCGAAAGGCGACAGCAGCACGAGGCGGUCGGUGUUCGACUGCAUGAUCGCCGGGUCGGUGCCGGUGUUUUUCUGGGAGAAGACGGCGUACGAGCAGUACCGGCUGUUCCUGCCGGAAGAGCCGGAGAGCUACUCUGUCUUCAUAGACCACGAGAAAGUGACCGACGGGUCGGCCUCCAUUAGAGGGAUCUUGGAGAAAUACAGCAAGGAGAAGAUCAAGAAAAUGCGGGAGAAAGUGGUGGAGACGAUCCCGAGAUUGAUCUACGCGAGGACGAAGAAGGGAUUGGGUAAUGUUAAGGACGCGUUUGAUGUGGCAGUUGAAGGAGCGAUGAAGAGAAUCAAAGAAGACAAAGAAUGGAAUGAGUUCGUAGAUGAGAUUGAAUCAAGAUGAGGAAGAAGAAGAAGAAGAAGAAGAUUCUUGAUUAAGGCUCCGUUUGGCUUGUAAUCCCUCAUUCUUGCAUUUCUUAUAGUAUAAAUGGAUUUUGAAUUUUUUCCUUUCACGAACGAGCCUUUAAAAUCUUGAAUGUGGAGAGUGAUGUAUAUACUACUCUGCUACAAUUCAGUGCAAUUUUUAGGCUGCAUUUUUCCACAUUAUCAUCUUAAAGUGUACCCUUCUAUCUCGACUGCUUGUUUCUAGUUUACUUUUUUUGUUGUCCCAAUUUAAGAGCAAUUUGUUUUAUUUCAUGCCAAAUUCAAUCAAAUUUAUCUAAUUUA